GUGAAAAUGUCAUACAUCGAGAUAUAUAACGAAAACAUCCGUGACUUGCUCAAUCCGAGUGCAGGACCUUUGGAACUUCGAGAUGAAGGGAGUAGUGGGGCGCCCGUGGUGGCAGGAUUGAGUGAAGUGUGCGCUAAGAGUGCGGGCCACGUGGCCGAGUUGCUGGCCCGUGGAGACAGGGCACGCAUCGCCGAACCGACGCAGGCCAAUCAACAUUCAUCGAGAGGUCAUGCGUUACUGAGCGUUACAGUUAGUAAGCAAGAGGGCGGAUGUACGCAGCGGGGCCGAUUGUUUCUAAUUGACCUGGCGGGGUCGGAGCGGGCGGGUCUUCGCGCGCGAAGGUUAGAGGGCGCUCAUAUCAACCGCUCGCUCCUAGCGCUUGGCAACUGCAUUAUGGCACUUUCAGGUGGAGCAAGAUACGUGAACUACCGCGACUCAAAGCUGACGCGUCUGCUGCGCGAGGUGCUGGGCGGGCGCUGCCGCACGGCGAUGGUGGCGCACGUGGCGCCCGGCGCGGCGCACCGUGACACCACGCGCUCCACGCUGCACUACGCGCAACGGGCCUCUGUCAUUACUAAUAGGAUUGAACGGGACGUAGUAGAGACACCCAUGCAGCUGUCACAAUAUCGGUCGGUUAUCAAUGAUUUGCGAGAAGAAAUCGCAAGACUGAAACUGAAGAUGAAAGAUUCGAGGUCACGAGAAGAUCUUCGAGCAGUUGAAGAUGAAAUGGACGAGAAGCAACCCGAGAACGCAGAACAUCUGAAAACGCUCCGAGAAGCUAUAGUGUCGACCUUCAAGCAGCAGAUGAGGCUACGACGUCGCUUGAUGGAGCUAGACAGCCAUCUCCUAGGACUCGCACUCGAUGCUGAGAGACAACACGCUGCCAUCUCACACUGGGAAGCGCGCUUCAACCGCCUCUAUAAACCAAUCAAUUUGAGCGGGUCCAGACUUAGCACGCAACAGAGUUACAGGGGCGGUACUGGCAGCACGGGUAGCUCGCUCAGCGGAGGGGAACGCGCGGAGGCAGAGGUAGCGGUAGAGCAAGCGUGGGCCGAGCUGGCGGCCGUGGAGCGCGAGCAGGAGACGGCGCGGCGCGAGCGCGAGCGUGUCGAGCGGCAUCUGCACCAGGUGCGCCUGCGCGGCGCGCAGCUCGAACAGGAGUUACCAGCUCACAUAAGUAGCGGUCCGGAGCGAGAGGUGUUGGCGCUGGUUUGCCGCGUGCACGAACUGGAGGCGGACAAGCUGGCGCUGCAGGGUGAGCGAGCGGCGCGUGCGCACGAGCUGCGCCGCCGCGACCUUGCGCUACAGCGCCGCGACGCGCAGCGGCGACUCUCCGACGAGAUCAUCACGCGACAGCGCAGGGCGCUCGACGAAUUGGGCGUUGGCAUGCCGUCGGAGCUGGCGCAGUUGUAUGAACUCUACCAACAAGAGAUCCACGCGUCCACAUAUACAGAAAACAAUGACAUCUACACGCCGCCCUACCGGCUACCGCCUAUUUCAUCCAGUAUGUCUGAACUGACAUGGUCGGAAAGUUCGAGCGGUUCGGGUCGCGGGUCUAGCUCCGGCUCGGGCGGGACUUUGACGCUGGACCAACAUCUACCGCGACUCGCGCCUCUACCGCGCCCGCGCACCAGGUAUAGCCAAGCCAGUGCUACACUGAAGAGAUAUGCGAGCGAUGACAGUUUGGUGAUGGCGGCACCGCGUCGAGGCGGAGACGCCACUACUUGAACGCAAAUAGAAUGCAGUUCGGAUACAAAAUAUAUUUCCCACACUUGGUCCUGCAUCCCCGCAGGUUAGUAUUUGCGUGAUUAGAAUUCCGGGACGAAUAGACAGUCUUUAAUAGUCAUAAUAGGUCUGUUUCAUUCGUUUGAUUUUGUACAUCAAAUAUUAAGUAACAGAAAACACAUCCGAGAAGAAUUUGUAAGACCAGCAUUAAAAUUGAUUCAAAAGUGAGACAGUAAUUCCUAUUUCGAAUAUUGCAAUGGACGGAAAUAGACUCAGAAUUCGGUAAUCUUGAUAUUUUUUUCUUGGCCGCAUUUUUAUAUCCGUUGACGUCACACACUAUUUACCCUUACACAGUUACCCUUUCCAUAUUAUUUGAAAGGAUUGUAACUUGUAAUUUAAUUUGGAUGGUUACACAAAUUUCUGACGAAAGUAAAAAAAGAUAUACUGUCAACUACCCUAUUAGAUUUUUCUGAGAAUCCUCCAUUUUUCUGAGAAUUAUGUAAUCUUUCCUUGUUUUGUGAGGCGUGGGAUGUAAAAUCUUAAUUAAAAUAUACUCACCUCUUUCAAGCCAUGCCAAUGCAAAAUGGUUACCAGAUAAUAUAAAUUUAAUAUAUUUAAAUCAAGUUUAAUUUCAGUGUAAUUUGUAGCGACUUUUUAUUUGUGUGAUUAAAUAUAUUUGGAGUUCCUAACAUA